AUGUCUGAUAUCACACACCUCAAAGCUAUGAUCCGUUCUACUCCCGACUUUCCAAAAGAGGGAAUCUUGUUUCAAGAUAUCUUCCCCAUUUUUGAGGAUCCCAAGGCUACCGAGACUUUAGUGAACCACAUUGUUCAAAAAAUCAGCUCCUCAACCCCUUCCAAGGUGGAUGUUGUUGUUGGUCUGGACUCUCGAGGAUUUUUACUUGGCCCAUGGGUUGCAAACAAGCUUGGUGCUGCAUUUGUUCCUGUUCGCAAGGCUGGAAAACUUCCUCCUCCCUGCCAUAAAGUUGCAUACGUUAAAGAAUAUGGAACUGAUUAUUUUGAGAUCAGCAAAACUGCCAUUAAGCCCGGCCAAAAUGUUGUGGUGAUUGACGAUCUUAUCGCUACCGGUGGCAGUGCUAAAGGCGCUGGCGAUCUUAUUAAGCUCUGUAAAGGAAAUACUGUUCAAUAUGUAUUUUGUGUAGAGAUUGAGUUUCUCAAAGGAAAAGACUGCCUUGAUGCUCCAACUAUCUCUGUGUUCCAAUACUAG